AUGCCACGGUUACUCGGUCUGCCGGCCGAGCUGGUCCAGAACGUGCUUCAAUUUCUCGAACCGACAUGUCUGGCUGAUGUGGCGCUGACAUGCCGCUUCCUUCGUAACCAUGCUCUGAGUGACGCUCUGUGGCAACAGCAUGUCAACGCCCAGCUUCCGCACCUCUUGACCAGUGCGGCUCCUCUACCGUCAUUCCGAGAUCUCUAUAUCGCUCACCACCCUUAUUGGUUUCUGUGUCGACACAAGAUCUGGUUCUCGGAUAGUGAACCAAAUGGCAAGCUGCUACUUGCCCGUUAUGAUCCGCGCAGAGGAUGCAUUGAAGCUUAUGCCAUAGUCGCCGAGCCUGGCAUUCGCCAAUUCGAGCACUGGGAGCACGAUGAAGACGUCUCCAUCCACACCUUCAACCCCAAAGUCCAGUUGGACCUCAACUCGCCUGUUUUGAAGCUUGAAUCUGGCAACCCACGUACUCAGGCCCGUGAUUCUGAACAGCAUGAUGACCAGCACACCCAGCCCCUCCCCUCGCUCUCUCGUGAGAUCAUGAUGAAUUGCUCUUCUUCACCCGGUCUCUACACAUCCUUCAUGCUUGCACGCGACCUUCCCCAAGUUGCGAUGGGCCCUGGUACCAGAGUAUGGCCGCCUAUGAAGAUACCCGCUCUAUCACGAACUCGCAAUGCCUCAACUCGAUCGUUCCAGGCGCUUUCGCACAGACCGUCAACUCUCGAUGAAGUCAGCCAAAACACCUUCCGUCUACGGAAGUGGGUUGAGUUCUCUGGUCGUCUUCGUAUGGGAGAAGAAGUAUCCACGUAUGGAACACUGCCACCGAGUUGUUAUGUACCCACUAAAGAGAAGCCCUGGCAGGGUAUCUGGUGUGGCGAUUACAGUGGCCAUGGCUGUGAGUUUCUUCUUGUACUACAGCCUGAGAUGGGUCAAGAGAUCCCGUUGCCGGAAGGGAUGAAUCACAUGCUCGAGUGGCUCGCUACGGGUCGUUUUCGACGUAACAGCAACGGCUCUGAGAGCAGUGACAGCAGUUAUGCAAGUGCUCAAGAAGAUCAAGAGCCCGAGUCUGACACUUCUUCCGCCUACGACCUUCCGACACCGGCUUCAUCCAGCACUAUUGACGGACAAGACGUGUACAAUGGACGUAUCGAGGCUAUCAAGCUGACAGGUGACCCCAAUGUCCCACGCGGAGAAUAUACUUUCAUUGCCCCUGAUAUAGGCGAUGGUGGUCUGGUGCGCAUCGCAGAUGAAGCGGCUUUCAAAGGUGCGAGGGUUGUCAGGAGUGCUGGGCAUAUUGCAGGCGUGGGCUUCGCACACGACGAAUACAUGGCAUCUCAGCUCAUUCUCAUAUCUCCCGAUUGCCUGGCGCAGCACUGGAUAGAGUUUGGACACAUUUCGUACUAUCGUCGUGUCGAUAUCGACAGUCUCCUGCAAAUAUAG